AUCACUCAAGAUGGCUGCCCCCAUCAAGAUGACCGGGGUGUGCCGGAGGGAAAGGGGCAGCAGGAUGGCCUGAGGCGGUCUCGCGUCGGACCAUGUGGAAGUUUCGGGGACUUGGGAGCCGGAUGAUGGGGGGUGGGGCCCGUGGGGGGUAGAGGGAGAAAUAGCAUCCUUUCCCAGGCCCACCCCGGCCCCGCCCCGUCCUCUGGACUGAAAUGGGGAACACGUUGGGCCUGGCACCGAUGGGGGCUUUCCCCCGCCGGAGCCCCCGUCGAGAGGAGCCCCUGCCCAACCCCGGGAGCUUUGAUGAACUGCACCGCCUGUGCAAAGAUGUAUUCCCAGGACAGAUGGAGGGAGUGAAGCUCAUUGUCAACAAGGUUCUGAGCAGCCAUUUCCAGGUGGCUCACACUGUGCACAUGAGUGCCCUGGGCCUGCCCGGCUACCACCUCCAUGCGGCCUAUGCAGGGGACUGGCAACUUAGCCCCACCGAGGUUUUCCCCACCGUGGUAGGGGACUUGGACAGCAGUGGCAGCCUCAACGCCCAGGUCCUGCUCCUCUUGGCAGAACGGCUCCGAGCCAAGGCUGUCUUCCAGACCCAGCAGUCCAAGUUCCUGACAUGGCAGUUUGAUGGCGAGUACCGGGGAGAUGACUACACGGCCACUCUGACCCUCGGAAAUCCCGACUUGAUUGGGGAAUCGGUGAUCGUGGUUGCUCACUUCCUGCAGAGCCUCACGCAUCGGCUGGUGUUGGGAGGAGAGUUAGUGUACCACCGGCGGCCAGGCGAGGAGGGGGCCAUCCUGACGCUGGCUGGGAAGUACUCGGCUGUACACUGGGUAGCUACGCUGAAUGUGGGAUCAGGUGGGGCCCAUGCAAGUUAUUACCACAAGGCCAAUGAACAGGUCCAGGUUGGAGUGGAGUUUGAGGCAAACACCAGGCUACAGGACACGACCUUCUCCUUUGGUUACCACCUGACUCUGCCCCAGGCCAACAUGGUGUUUAGAGGCCUGGUGGACAGUAACUGGUGUGUGGGUGCUGUGCUGGAGAAGAAGAUGCCGCCCCUGCCCGUCACCCUUGCCCUCGGAGCCUUCCUCAAUCACUGGCGCAACAGAUCGCACUGUGGCUUCAGCAUCACUGUGGGCUGAGGUCGUCCUGGGUCCCCCACAGCAGCUGCAACCUCCGAGUCAGGUUCCCCAGGGCCAGGGUCUGGGCCCCUCUCCAGGGUCUGGUGACCCCUGGGUCCCAGGAGCAGAGUGGGGGACAGAACUGUGCCCUCGGAACUGGAGCUGCACAGGGCGUUGAUAGGCAGUGGUUUGAGGACCCACCUCUGCCACCAGCGCAUGCCACCUGUCCAUGCUGUGGCUCUGGACUGAGGGAGAAGAGCCAGGGGUCGGUCUGGCUGAGUUGUCUCCCUCACACUCCCCUCUGCUUUCCUGUGGAUCAAAGCUCCUCGCUCCUCUUCCGAGCAGGAGAGUGUCCUGGGCUCGUGCCCGUCCUGUUUUCCGUUCCAGAGCCUUCCAUGGCUAGGAGAGAAUCUCAGCCUCAAAAAGUGGGGCUCCCCAUCCCCGAGGAGCUUCGUCCUGCCCCGUUCUCCCUGCUUCCAGAGAACAACUGUCCCCCAUGACUGCAUGAAGAGGCAGUUAGUGCUCUAGGCUUUCAUUCGAACCCUGGGCUCUUUCCUCUGGCCCCCGCCUCUGGCCACAGGGCUUGCCCUGCCCAGUGCCGUGCCAGGUGGGCUGGGGCGCGGGGCCACGCUGCAGAGUCCCUGGAGCAGAGGCGUCAUGGCAGACAGCCCCCGACGUGCUCACGCACCGGAGCUCAGCCGCGGGCCCGGCAGCUUCGCCUACAGAAACCUUUGAGGAGGAGGUAGUGGGGUCUCCAGGGAAAGGAGGGAAACACAUCAGGGCCCCUGAACUGUCCCUCGGUGAAGCUAGGUCUGAACACCAGAGAAAACCAUGUUCUGGGAUGACAGACUCAUCAGAGGUGACAAAGGUCCCCAAGGGGCCUCUGUUUGGCGCUGUCUUCUCUCACCAUGCCGUUUUCCUUGAACCAGAGCUCUGAGGCCCCCGAGUGAAGGAGCCCCAGACUUGGUGAGAACUUCAACAGUGUGGAAUCUGAGGGUCUGGACUUCUAGGGCGGGUUCCAGAAGGUGGGUGUGUUCUGUGGUCUAAAGCAUCCUGGCCGGACCGCCCACGAGCGAGGAGCAGGAACGGGGAACACACCUCAGAGCCCGCGGGGUGGACUGUGGAGCAGGGGCUUUGGCCAGGAAGCCGUGAAUGGGCAUAGCUAAGGCGAAUGGGAACGAAGGGUUGGCCCAGGCAGAGGGAACGGCACCCGAGAGGCUGUGUCUGUCUGGAGCAGUGGGGUGGUGAGGUGUGGAUGUCGCCUGUCUCAGGAAUGCCGUGACACAGAGCCCAUGAGCAACUACUUUGCAUCCGUACUGAAUAAAAAAC